CACCCGAACUCUCCUCAUACAAGAACUCCAUGCCUUUGAUCUCUCUUCCCCAUUUCUCUCCUCUCCUUUCAUUCUCAUUUCCCCCUCCCCCGUCUUCGACUCCUUUCUCAUUUCACUUUCUCCAUUGUUGCGGGUUUUGGGUUUUUCCUUUCAAUAUCCAUAAUCAACGUGGUGCCGGGAACGUUUGUGAUCAUGGGUCAGCAGACGUUGAUCUACAGUUUUAUUGCGAGGGGGACGGUGAUAUUGACGGAGUACACAGAAUUCAAGGGGAAUUUCACCUCUAUUGCAUCUCAAUGUUUGCAGAAGCUGCCCGCUUCAAGCAACAAAUUCACUUAUAAUUGCGAUGGGCACACCUUCAAUUACCUUGUGGAGAAUGGAUUCACCUAUUGUGUUGUCGCAACUGAAUCUGCUGGAAGGCAACUCCCUAUUGCCUUUCUGGAGCGUAUUAAGGAUGAGUUUAACAAGAAAUAUUCGGGAGGGAAAAAAGCCACCGGUGGUGCCAAUAGUCUCAAGAAGGAGUUUGGCCCCAAACUGAGAGAGCAAAUGCAGUAUUGCUCAGAUAAUCCUGAAGAAAUUAACAAACUUGCUAAGGUCAAGGCUCAGGUUUCUGAAGUAAAGGGUGUGAUGAUGGAAAAUAUUGAAAAGGUUCUCGACAGAGGCGAGAAGAUUGAACUUCUAGUUGACAAAACUGAGGAUCUCAGAUCACAGGCACAGGAUUUCAAGGCAAAAGGGACACAGGUGAGGAAAAAAUUGUGGAUUCAGAACAUGAAGGUUAAGCUGAUUGUGCUUGCUAUUAUCGUUGUUUUGAUACUCGUCAUCAUUUUGACCGUCUGCCCUCGCUUCAAGUGUACUUGAUGCAAACGACGGUGCCCUUUCGCCUCGCCAUUCUUAGUCAAGACUUGAAUUCCUGAUGUACAGAUGAUAUAAAUGUGAUUAGCAGUAGGAGUAGUUUCUGUACACGAUCUUGUUCAGAAGCUAGGCACUUUCUUCAUGCAUUAUUCUACAGUGGGGUAAAUUGCAUAAGGCCCUGUGUUAUAAGAAACUAGCACGAAAUUCUCUUAUGUUAUAUUUAUAAGCAACAAAUCUCCUGUGUUCUUUAAAAGGCAGUAAAGUAUCCCAUCUUCCUUAGAUUUUAAUGGAGAGUGAUGAGUACA